CGGAUUCACGGACUUGUUAUUCCGUCUGUUGAGACCUCUGCUGACUUGCUUUACAGACCCCUGGGGGCGUGAGACCAGCAUGGCCUUGAACCACACUGCCCUGCCUCAGGAUGAGCGCCUGCCCCGCUAUCUUCGAGACGAGGACCCCUUUGCUUCCAAACUUUCCUGGGAAGCGGAUUUAGUGGCUGGCUUUUACCUAACAAUAAUCGGGAUUCUCUCUACAUUUGGAAAUGGGUAUGUCCUUUAUAUGUCUUCUAGACGCAAGAAGAAGCUGAGACCUGCGGAAAUAAUGACUAUCAAUUUAGCAGUCUGUGAUCUGGGGAUCUCAGUUGUAGGCAAGCCGUUCACCAUCAUCUCUUGCUUCUGCCACCGCUGGGUGUUUGGCUGGUUUGGCUGCCGCUGGUAUGGCUGGGCUGGAUUUUUCUUUGGCUGUGGAAGCCUGAUUACCAUGACUGCUGUCAGCCUGGACCGCUAUCUGAAGAUCUGUUAUCUGUCUUAUGGGGUCUGGCUGAAGAGAAAGCAUGCCUACAUCUGCCUGGCAUUCAUCUGGGCUUAUGCUUCCUUCUGGACCACCAUGCCCUUGGUGGGCCUGGGGGACUAUGCACCCGAGCCCUUCGGAACCUCGUGCACCCUGGACUGGUGGCUGGCCCAGGCUUCGGGUGGGGGUCAGGUGUUCAUCCUGAGCAUCCUCUUCUUCUGCCUCUUGCUGCCGACGGCUGUGAUUGUCUUCUCGUAUGUGAAGAUCAUCGCCAAGGUGAAGUCUUCCUCUAAAGAGGUAGCCCAUUUCGACAGUCGGGUCCAUAGCAGCCAUGUGCUUGAGGUGAAGCUGACCAAGGUGGCGAUGCUGAUUUGUGCUGGUUUCCUGGUUGCCUGGAUUCCUUACGCGGUAGUCUCCGUGUGGUCAGCUUUUGGAAGGCCAGACUCCAUCCCCAUACAGCUCUCCGUGGUGCCCACGCUCCUCGCGAAAUCAGCAGCGAUGUACAAUCCAAUCAUCUACCAGGUCAUUGAUUACAGAUUUGCCUGUUGCCAGGCUGGUGGUUUGAGGGCAACGAAGAAGAAGUCUUUGGAAGACUUUAGGCUGCAUACUGUAACCGCAGUCAGGAAGUCUUCUGCUGUGCUGGAGAUCCAUCAAGAGAGCAGUUCCAGAUUUACUAGUGCCCAUGUUAUGGAUGGAGAGAGUCACAGUAAUGAUGGUGACUGUGGCAAGAAAUAAGCAUCUGUGUUCUGAGGCCGAGAAACCCCGCACCUGUCCAUCAGGGCUUCAGAAAUAAGUGGCCAGCUUCAAUACACUCUUUGAAAUGCUGAAAAAAAAAAAAGCAAGCUGUAGUGUAUUCUUUGCAUUUGUUUUUAAGUUUGAGAAAAUAUAUGGUCAGCGUUGACUGCAGUGUUGAUAUUGAAGUUUAAUCACGAAUACAUAGCAUGUGAAGUGUCCACUCUUUUAGGCUUUAUAAGAUGACUAAAGUGUUAUAAGACGAAAAGCACACCCUAAGCUUGGGAAGUGCAUCAUUCCCUUAAGCUUCCUAUUCAUUGUGAUAGUGAUGGAGCUUAUCGAUGCAUGAACGACUGUGAACAUGCCUUUGAAACUGUCAAUCACUUCUUGUACACGGUUAGAAUUUUGAACAUUUACCUGGGAAGCUUCUAACAGCAUACUCUGUCAAGUCAACUUGUACAUAGUAUUUGUAAGUACUCUCUAUGAGAACAUUCAGAAGAUGUUUUAGUGUUUGACUCAUUCACUUUGUCCCAGUUGUGUGUCUAACUGAAGAACAGUUUGUUGACUGUACUAGGAAAGGAUGUGUUAGUACUUUUCAUCUCUGUCCAUCUCUCUUUGCACACUGAAAUAGUUUUUCUUUUGAAGCCAUAGCUGCUGUUCAAGUCCUUUUUUUUUUUUAAUAAAGAAAAUAUAUUGCACC